UGAGUUCCGCUUUCGCGUGAUGGACCACGUCUUCCGCCUGAGUCAUUUAUUUGAUUCAAGAUUCUCUGACCUUCUAAUGUAACCAAUUUACAGAUUUGCUUUUUUGAGGGCGUUUGGACCUCGACUUGCUGGCAUGCGAAGGAGGAAGAGAAGUGUAGGCGAGCGCUACCGGCUCGUUGCUCCAAAACAUGCUCAAACUGAUGAAGAUCUCAACAACAUUCACUCUAAGUACAAUCUUGGCAAUUCGAUCAAGACCACCAAGUAUUCACUAUGGUCCUUUCUUCCAAAGAAUCUAUUCGAGCAAUUUCACCGAUUUGCGAACAUUUACUUCUUGGUGAUCAUAAUUUUAAAUUUGAUUCCUGAAAUUAAUGCAUUUGGGAAAUACAUCGCCAUGGUGCCUUUGAUAUUUGUUCUUUCGGUGACGGCGAUAAAAGAUUUAUAUGAAGAUCGAAGACGGUACAAAUCGGAUAAAGCGGUGAAUAAUAAUAUCUGCCAUGUUUUUAACAGUGAGGCUAAGGAAUAUCAACCAGUCAAAUGGAAAAAGGUGGUAGUUGGAGAUUUUGUGAAGCUUAGAAGUGAUGAGAGCAUCCCAUCAGAUAUCCUUUUAAUUAACACAAGUGAUGAAAAUUCUAUUUGCCACAUUGAGACAGCUAACCUUGAUGGAGAAACUAAUCUGAAGCAAAGAGAAGUGGUGAAAGGACUUAAUUUGGAAAAUUUGAGAUUUUCCCCUGAACAGUUUGAAUUUAAACUCAAGUGCGAGGAGCCAAAUAAUCACAUUCACAGAUUCCAUGGGACCUUAUCCAAUAAUGAGGGAAGGGAGAUUCCUGUUGGAAAGAGCAAUCUGCUCUUGCGUGGCUGCAUUAUUCGCAAUACAGACUGGGCAGAGGGAAUGGUUGUCUAUGCAGGUCAUGACACCAAAGCUCUAAUGAAUAACAGUGGUCCAAGAUAUAAGCGCAGUAAAGUGGAAAGGGAUCUUAAUAAAGAUGUUUUGGCAUGUGUCAUCAUUCUCUUCAUUCUAUGUUUCCUUGGUGGUGUUGGUUGUGGGUUUUGGUCGUGGAAAAAUGGUUUCUUCAACACACACUUCACACCUGGUUUCACUGGUCCAGAUCAGCCAUUUGUGAGAAAACCAGAGAUGGAGGGUUUCAUCAGAUUCUGGACAUUUGUCAUAAUUUUGCAGGUCCUCAUUCCAAUCUCGCUUUAUGUUUCUAUGGAAGUUGUCAAGUUGUUCCAAGUGUAUUUCAUCUCGAAUGACCUGGAACUAUACUAUCCUGAAAUGGAUCAACCAGUCCUAUGUCGUGCACUGAACAUUAAUGAAGAUCUAGGACAGAUCAAGUAUGUCUUCUCAGACAAGACAGGAACUCUAACUGAAAACAAAAUGGUAUUCAAGAGGUGUACCAUUGGUGGAAGAAACUUUCCUCACAAGGACAAACUUGAGUCAGAUGUUACAGAUGCUGUACUGUCAUCAUCAGAUGCUGAUCAAAUGUACUAUCAAAUUUCUGAGGGAUCAAAUGGUGGUGAAGUUUACUGGGAUAAAGAACUUGCACAAGUAGUGGAAUCGAGCAGCAGUAGUAGCUACCACUGUGGGCCACAAAGCUCUUACUUGAGAGAGUUUUUCAUAUUACUUGCCAUAUGCAAUACUGUGGUUGUAACAAGAAAGUCUAGCGGGACUUCAAAUAACAGCGCUUCACCACCAACAGAUCAAACCGAUUUACCCCACAAUUCACAUAAUAAACACGUCCCUGUAGAUUUAGGCGAGUACAGUUCGUGGAACGAUCACCUCUGUAGGCCUGAUUAUGGAAGCACACACUCUCACUCAAGAGACUUAAGUUCUGCACAUGGCAACCUGGGUGUGUCGGUAACACCUGUGAAAACUGCUCUUGAAAGGUCAUCUAAACGGCCUAAGUGCCCUGCAUCUCUGAUGGAAGCUGCGGUGGAAGACAGUACAGCAAAUGACGAAAUUAUUUAUGAGGCAGAGUCGCCUGACGAGGCCGCACUUGUGAAAGCUGCUCACUUGUACGGCUACAAACUUCUAAGUCGUAGUCCUGAGAAAGUUACUUUGCAUAUUCCUGGCGAGGGUCCAGUGACUUACGAAAUAUUACAAGUGCUACCAUUUGAUUCUUCGCGUAAACGCAUGUCAGUUAUCGUGCGCCGUCAGGAUGACAGUAGCAUAGUGUUGUAUUGUAAAGGAGCUGAUUCAGCCGUGCUUCCAAAGCUGGAACGAGCUAAUCAACAGUUCCGAGCGGAUGAUGUUGAUGCAGGUGAAGGGUCGUGGGCGGCCAGGAGUAGCAGUAGCGGAUCUUUAGUGGAGGAGACGUCGAGUCAUUUGGAUCUUUAUGCUAGGGACGGGCUAAGGACUCUUUGUAUGGCCAGAAGGGACUUAGCAACCGGCGAUUACGAGGAUUGGUUAGAACAACACCGGCAUGCUGAAACAGCUCUCCAUGACAGAGAAAGGCUCCUUCGAGAGUCAGCCCAUAGAUUAGAAUGUAACUUGGAGCUCCUUGGUGCUACUGGCAUUGAGGACCGUUUGCAAGAUGAUGUCCCUGAGACCAUCGCCAUGUUACGUGAGGCAGGCAUCAAAGUUUGGGUCCUCACAGGAGAUAAGCAGGAAACCGCAAUUAACGUGGGAUAUUCCUGCAAACUUUUGGACAAUACAAUGGAAAGGAUCAUUUUGAACGCGAGAACAAAGGCGGAAUGUGAAGACCAGAUCACAUCUUGGCUGACGCAUUUUCAGUCUGAAGUAAGGAGUAUUUCCAGCGACCAGUCCUCCAACACAGUGUCAGGCCGUAUCAAUGCACACCUGAAUGACAAAGCUGUCGGACUUGUGAUUGACGGACGGACACUCAUGUUCGCGCUCGAGGAGCCUUUGAAUGAAAAGUUCUUGGACUUAGCCAGACAUUGUCAGGCGGUUCUUUGUUGUAGAGCUACUCCGUUACAAAAGUCUGCAGUUGUUCAGCUGGUCAGAAAUGGACUGAAAACAAUGACGUUAGCGAUUGGUGAUGGUGCUAAUGACGUAAGCAUGAUACAAAUGGCCGACGUUGGAAUUGGAAUUUCGGGUCAAGAAGGAAUGCAGGCUGUCAUGGCAAGCGACUUCGCCAUUGGUCGAUUUAAAUUCUUAUCUCGUCUCCUAUUGGUCCAUGGUCACUGGUGCUAUGAUCGAAUCUCCAAGAUGUUUCUUUAUUUCUUCUUCAAGAAUGCUAUGUUUGUGCUCGUUCUUUUCUGGUUUCAACUUUACAACGGUUUCUCAGGCUCAAAUGCUAUCGACGACUUGUCUCUGAUUCUCUUCAAUCUCGCGUUCACAACGGUGCCUCCGGUGAUUUGUGGAGUCCUGGAUAAAGAUGUUCCCGAUCUAAUAUUGACUGCAAAUCCUUCUCUGUACAAAACAGGACAGAAGAGCAAGCUUUACACAAGGAAGCUGUUUUGGACGACAAUCUUGGAUGCUUUGUAUGAAAGCUUGGUGGUGUUCUAUGUAGCUUUCUGGGUGUAUAAUGGAACCGCUGCUGGCAUUCGCAUGGUUGGGGUUACCCUUCACCAGAGUUCUGUGAUAGUUGCCAACUUGUAUUUAGCUCUGAUCACAGCUCAGUGGACAAUUCUACAUCAUGUGUUCCUAUGGGGUAGUAUCGGUAUCUCAUUCGUGUGGUUCGCUGUCUUUGGCGAAAUUAGAGGCGUCUUUUGGGAGAUGUAUAAAGUACCAUUCGUAACCAUGGCAACCAGGGAAUUCUGGGCUGUUUGCGCUUUAAGUGCGGUUGCUGCUCUGCUUCCAAGGGUGGUAAUUUCAGUGUUUCGGCACACGAUUUGGCCCACAGAGAUCAACAAAGCUCAGCUGGAGUCAAAACAAAGGGAGGAGACAUUGGAGAGUAGAACAACGUCCGUGGACCAAAGUCCUGAAAUAGAGAGAACACCUAUAUCAAUUUAAGUGUAACGCAGCCCAGGCGAUAUACUUCGGUGAUGUUCUCCGUUCUUUUCUCCUGUUAAGUGCUGUUGGGAAUAGUUACCAGGUCUUUGCAACUCGAGUCGAUCAAGAGAACAGUAUAAGCGAUUUUAUCCCCCUUAUGUAUGCCGUCAUAUUAAUAAUUCUAACUCCUGGAGGUAUCCAUUAACUGACGAGAAUGACAAUUUUCGAAUGUGCGACUAAACAACAAAUAUGGUUUCGAAUGGGUUGCAAACCUAUCGAGCUAUUUCCAAGACUGGAACAUGUAUCACAGGAUGAAGCGCGACCUAUUCUGAAACCGACAUCGUUUGCACUCGACGUUUCCGAAAUGGCUUGAUAACUUAAGUACUGAAAAUUUUAUCCUGAUAUCCACAGAAGAGUACAUUAAAUAAAUAUAUUUUGCGGA